GCCCCGCCCUGAGGCGGGGCGGGAGGCGGCCUCGGAGUUGCUGUCAGUCCGAAGAAACGAGUCGGGUUGCCCGAGACGCUUAGUCAGGCUAGAGAGCGGAGCGAGUGUCGUCCGCACUCGGGAUUCUGCGUUGAGCUUGUUCACAGGGAGGUGCCUGCAAUUUCUGCCAAGUGUACAAUGACAGCUGAGUUGGGAACUUAGACUGCACUGAGAACAGUUGAUCUACAACAACCUGUUUCUCUUUUCUGAAGAUUUCAUCAAAUCUGUGAUCUAGAUUGAGAAGCCUGCCUUAGACCUGCCAUGGCAGCCAUCAGGAAAAAACUGGUGAUUGUGGGAGACGGUGCCUGCGGGAAGACCUGCCUGUUGAUUGUGUUCAGCAAAGACCAGUUCCCAGAAGUCUAUGUACCAACUGUCUUUGAAAACUACAUUGCUGAUAUUGAAGUUGAUGGGAAGCAGGUGGAGCUGGCCCUUUGGGACACAGCCGGGCAGGAAGACUAUGACCGGUUGCGCCCUCUCUCUUACCCAGACACUGAUGUGAUCCUCAUGUGCUUUUCCAUCGAUAGUCCAGACAGUUUAGAGAACAUACCAGAAAAAUGGACUCCGGAAGUGAAACACUUUUGCCCCAACGUGCCCAUCAUCCUUGUGGGAAACAAGAAGGACUUGCGGAAUGAUGAACACACCCGCAGGGAGCUGGCAAAGAUGAAACAGGAGCCGGUGAAGCCAGAAGAAGGAAGAGACAUGGCAAACAGGAUCAAUGCGUUUGGGUACUUGGAGUGCUCAGCCAAGACAAAAGAUGGUGUGCGGGAAGUAUUUGAAAUGGCCACUCGAGCAGCCUUGCAAGUCAGAAAAAACAAGAAGCGCAAAGGUUGCCCCCUCCUGUAGAAGGGGAGCAUUGAAAAGGAUGUGACUCUCGUCAGGUGUAUCUGUCUCUUUCCACACACCCCAUGGAUGCACAUUUGGGGUCUGGGUGGGGAGAAGAGCUGUUAGCUCUAUCUAGAGUAAGAAUUUAAUAUGCCAGCUGUGCCCUUUGCUCCUUUGCAUAGCAAAGGCUGUGUAAGUAUCUCCUGGUUUUCCCUGUGCUGUGUGCACAGGCCCUACAGCCCAGAGCCAGAAAUUCUCCUCAAUUCUCUUUGCAACAGUUGUUGGGGGUUAUUUGUACAGGGCAGGCAGUGCACCUGAACUAAUUCUAUAACUCACUCCCACUUUGUACUAAUCCUUCAGUGCUUUCUACAAAUCCAUUAAUGCCUACUUGCUGUCUUCCGAAUAUGGUAUUUGGAGAAGGUGGGGAUGCCAUUUUCAUUAAGGUAUACGGUGGACACACUAGCCUCUUUACAUGUUAUGGCAAGAGGUAAGUCUUGCCAAAAUGGUUGCCCAGGUUUUUGCAAAGAGCUGAGCUCUGCUGCAGCCACAAGUGCUCUUUUGGGACAUCACCUUUGUUCUGACAAUACUGUAUUCUCACUUUCCCUCAUUUAAAUUAAAUCAGACAUGGAAAAAAACACCA